AUGACAAUUAUUUAUAAUUUUGUUACUAACUUAAUUAUAAAAAUUAGAUUUGAAAAUAUAUAUAUUCAAACUUACUAUUCUCCACCAACUGUUAAAUGUUCAACCACUCACAACAAAGUUAUCAUUAAUGCUAAAGAUAAUACACCAAUAUUCGAGAAUCAUGUUGAUGAUUUUUUUGAAUAUACAAUCAAAAAAUCUCGAGUUAAUGAAGAUAAUGCACUUUAUAAAGUUAAUCAAUAUUUAGAUGAACCAAUUGCUACUAAAACUACUAACAUUCUCGAAUGGUGGAAACUUAAUAAAGAUCACUUUCCAAAUUUAUCAGCAAUGGCUCGAAACUUCCUUGCAAUACCAUCUACUAGUGUCGCAUCAGAACAAAUGUUUAGUUGUACAGGUCGUAUCAUUAAUUAUAAUUGUACCUCAUUAGAUCACAACACAGUUGCUGCAUUAAUGUGUCAGCGAAAUUGGUUACAGAUGGCAACAAA